GAGCGGCAACGCUAAUUAGAAUUAGGGCCAAUUUUGAAUUUUGAGUUAACAAAGUAUGACACCUGGACCAACAGAUGGUAAAGUUCUUUUGUGGCCGGCAGAUGCUGGAAAAUACAUUGCAGAUAGAAGCACCAAUGUAUUUAUAAAUGACCAGGCCAUUGUAAAAGCUGCUGGAGAUGCGGCGAGAGCUUUUAAGGACGGACAACAUUCACUAAACAACUUUAAAGCUCUGCCUUUGCACCCUGACGUGGCUAAUGAGACAGCUAUUGAUUUUAUUUUCGCUGUUGACACGCUUAACUUUUCUUUCUGGUCAGACAAUCCCGAAGAAAAAUACAAAGUGAAAUAUAAAGGUGAAUUUUACUCCGGUUACUGGUCUAUUGUUGCUGCUUUGAAAAGAGCAGAGGAUGAAGGAAGACCUGUGUUCUCAGCAAAAUAUAUGUCCUCUGUCGAAAAAGAUGAGUUUGCACAUAUUCUUCGUUCUGAUUCCUCUGUUCAAAUUUCUUUACUGGAAGAACGGCUUCACGCAUUUAAUGAAGCCGGUCAAGUUUUACUGGGAAAAUAUGACGGUUCGUUCUCCAAUUGCAUUCGAAGUUGCAAUAAGGACGCGGUACAGCUGGUAAAAAGAAUUGCUGCGGAUUUCGGAUCGUUUAGAGACGAAGCUGUAUUUGAUGACCAACCGGUGGCUUUCUAUAAGAGAGCACAGAUUGCAGUAGCAGACAUAUGGCUAUGUUUUGAAGGUCAAGGUCUUGGUGAAUUUCGAAACAUUGAUCAACUGACCAUGUUUGCUGACUACCGUGUGCCGCAGACUUUAGAAUACUUCGGCAUUCUUCAGUAUUCAAAAGAAUUGAAGCAAAAACUUGAUGGGCGUGAAGUUCUUUUACCUGGUAGUCGCACCGAAGGUGAAAUACGCGGUUGCUCAAUCGAGGCCGUAGAAAGAUUGAAAAAUGAAACAAAGAAGUUGCUGCUUUCGGAUAAAUCAACAACCGAUGUUGCUCGUAUCGUCAACUCAAUUACAAUGGAUAAUUAUUUAUGGGAUUACGCCGCUGCACAUCGUGCGGAAAUGGCCCACUUGAUGUUUCACAGAGUACGAACAAUAUUUUAUUGACCAAUGUACUUCAGAACUUAAAUUACAGUUAAAUUCAGAGCGUGCAAUGAGAUAUUUAGUAUGGGUGGGGUAAUAUGGGACACCUUUCAUUCCAUUUUCUCGUCCCAUUUGGUAGUAAACAAAGAACAUUCAAAGAUUUAUAAAACCGUGUCCUCAUAACUUUCAUAGACCGUUGUUAAUUGUUUAAAAUUCGAUCAGGAUAUUUGGAUAUUAUGUUGCAAAGGUGUACCGUCUGCCCCACCCUACUUAUAUAUGUAUAAUUUGCGUUAAUUACGUGAAACCAAAAAUGCUAUGAUCUCUAUUGUCUAACAUCGCCAUUUUCAAGAAACGUGGCCCUAUUUGAUUAAAUCUUUUGAAAUAGGGAAGUUGCGUUUUAGUGCGGUAUGAAUUCUUCUGUGUGUUACACCCUCGCCUGUUGAACAAGCAAAUACCGAUAACAAUG